AUGCCCCUCUGCCUUCACCAACUUCAGGACUUCUUCUACCCUUCAAACGAGCCUGCGGAAUGGCAGGAUGUCACCUAUCGACUCCGACACCUCUCCCUAUCUACUUGUGCGCCCUUACCUUCUAUGACUCCGGGACUUCUUCCUACUACUUAUACAAAGGUCCGGAGUGGCAGGAUGUCGUCUGUCGACUCUGCCUCUCCGUCUUCAUCAUGCGCAUUCGUUCAACGCAUAUGUUGUGCCCCUUUUGCCUUUCCCACCAUCGAAGUUUUCGUUCUGCGAAGCUUCGUAACAGAAGGCACUCUGAUGCCUUCCAUCUUCCUCAUUAUCGUUCGCUUUGUUGGUGCUUACCUCUCCGCAAUUCCUAUCGUCAGGAUUUGCUUUUUUUCCAUUCUCACAGUGCUCCGGAAUCUGUCGACUUCCAUGCCUUUCAGUUCCUAG